AUGGAAACACAGCUGACCUGGGUCACAUUGGUAAUGUCCCGAAUUCUUCCAAUCACACUGCUUUUGACCAGCGCUCUCUCGGCGUCCGCUGGUUCUUCGAACUCCUGUGACCCAAACCGGUCGUGCCUAAUCCCGUUUCUGAGCCGCAACCCGGCCACGCUGAUCUGUCCCAACGUCCCUUCCGAAGCCGGAGAGGUGGCCUGGGCGUACUCUAACAGCUCGGAGCCCGGCUCCGGGGCGGUGGUGCUGGUGGGAGCGGGGGCCGUCCCGCUCGGAGGAGGAAGUCUGGGCGACCUGCAGUCCCGUUGCCGGUUCUCCCCGCCGCACAUCUCCAUACGACCCGCCACUGUGCGGGACUCCGGCGUCUACCUGUGUCAGAUGGACGGCAGGACUUUGGCUUACUACGAGGCGGACGUCCAGGAUGUGGAGAAGGCUCACCUCUCGGGCAAGCCCGUCGGAGUCCCGGCGCUACCCAGCACCUUCCGAGAAGUAAAGGGGCAGCACUGGAAACUUUUCACCGUCUGGAACGCCUGGCAAGAUUGCGACCGGUGCGGCGCCCCGGGGGAAAGGAGGCGCCUUGGUUUCUGCUACGCCCGUCCCGUCGUUGGGCAGGAGCAAGCCGUGCCCUGCGGAAUCGCGGCUUCAGCCGGGCGUCCCGAGCUGGCCAGUCGGGGUCCUGAGAUAGCGCUGGAACCCUGCCAGGUGCCGUGCCUCACAGAAUCGCCUUACGAAGCGCACGUCAGGCGCUUGGAGCUGCCGGGUCGAAGAUUCGUCCCGCUCGACCUACCCCGCACCCUCCUCAUCGAGACUUACCUGGUCAACGUCAACGGGAACGCGAGCCUCAAGUGUCCCGGCGCCUCCGCCUUCACCCCGGUCUCCUGGCGGAGGGACUCCGUCUACAUAACGCGGGACGAGCUGUCUAGACGGCGGGGGAGCACUCAUUCCUUAGACGAGCUCACCGGGCGCAGCGCCUACACCAUUGCCGGGGCACAGAAAGAUGACGAGGGUGUGUACAGGUGCUACGUGUCCGGGGAACUGGCCGCUUCUUUCCACUUGAAAGUGCUGGAUCCUUACAGGAGAGGAGCGGCGGCAGAGGGCAACGCCAUAAGCGCUGUCUGGUACUUCUUGGCUACCGUCUCGAUGACCUUCGUGCUCCUGGGAUUCCUGAGCUUUCUGUACAUCUACUGCACCCAAGUGCGACGGCACCAGGUCGUUCACUGGUAG